CUCCAGCUAAAGACAUUGAAGCUGUGUUUCAUCCCAACGCCCUGAAGCCGGCGAGCAGCGAGGCCGAGCUGUGCCAGGCCGACAGUCUGGGCUCGGCCGGCAGCAGCAGCACGCUGGCGUCCUCUGUCAUUGAGGUGGAGGCUGAACGGGCUGAACUGGGCCUGUCAGAACCACUACGAAGUAAAAACGAGGACAAGGAAGAGGAAGACGAGGAGUUGACGCCACUUAUUCCUCCUCCGACUCUGUCCAUCACUGAGGAGAUCCUGGAGUUCAUCAACCAGAGCAGAGCCAGGGAGGGACUCGCCUCCAUCCACACUGACACAAUGGAGCAGGUCCUGGAUGAGCUCAAAGAGAGCCAGAGUCCAACUCACCAGACCAACUUCACCUGCCCGCUGCCCCCGGUCGCCUGCCCCUCCAGUCCAGAACAGAGGACCUCAGGGCAGGAAGAGAAGGGAAGCUCAGGAAUGGAGGAGGACGGCCCCCUCCACAGUCCGACCGGUGGCUCUGCUGAUGAAAAUAAGACAACAACUGAGGUCAAAGAAAUUCCAGAUGCCACAAGCGAAGUUGAAAUGGUGGAGGCAGAUGGAGAGAAAGAAGGAGAAGGGGUAGAAGAAGACAAAGAUGAAGAGAAAACUUGGGAUGAGGGCGAGGGCGUCACCCCCGCUCCAACAUCAGAUCUUCAUUCCUCCACCUCAGCAGAAGAAAAGAGAGAGAGUGGAGGCAGCUGUAACUCACCCACUGAGAAGGAAAACAAUGAGGUCGCAACCUCCUUGCAGAGUUCAGAUCCCCUCCUUCACCCCAUCCAGAGACGUCAGCCCCCCACAAGACGCUCCCACCUCACCAAACGAGACAAGAAGAUCAUCGAAAAGAUCAGGAGUUACUACGAGGCAGCAGCCGAGGCCGGAGAGGAGGAGGCAGAGGAGGAAGAGGAGCAGGGAGAAGGCGUGGCAGGAAGAAGGCGGAACAGUUUCUCACAGAUCCCAUCCGGCUUGGUAAAGGAGUCUGUAUCACGCUUUGAUGUGAGUGGACACCAGGGGGAGCCAGAGAGUGGACAAUCCAUGUCUGAGACCAUCAGUGGAGGGACAGAUGGAGAGACAGAUCUCUGUUUCUUCACUGGUCCCAUCUCUUCCCCAACUCCACUCUCAGCUGUUGCAGAGAGUGAUGGACAGGCAGAUAAACCAAUCAGCUCCCUGGAUUCUGAUGCAGACGCACCAAUUGAGACACCAGCCUCUACUAUGAUGCAGGACCAGGAGACCCCGAACCAAGCUGGUGAGAAUCUGCAGCAGAACCAGCCUGUUGGAGAGGAGAGUGAGACACAGGACAAUGUCUGCAAUGGACUGUUGGAAGAAGAAUAUCUGAAGGAUAAGCAGGAGGGACAGAUGAGUGUUGUGACUACUGGGAGGCAAGAUGGACUUUCAGUGCAAGUUGAUAGUUGCAGUGAAAUAGUUCCAUCUAUUUCCACACAAGAUGAAACAACCUGUCCUGAAAACCAAGCUGUGGUGAAUGGUUGUGAAAAAACUGGCGCAAUAGAAUCAAAAGGAAGCUGCAAAGAGCCCUCUACACCUUCACAUACAGAACAGCAUCUAAAAACGGAGACCUCAUCCAAACACAGAGAACUGGCCAAGCCCAGCGGGAACCUAGAGUGUCUUCCCAGUCAGAUAAAAGUGGGUCGAUGGUCCCGCCACUCCAGGAUUGUCACCGCUAACCGGGCCUUGUUUGAGGGUAUGGGAUCGGAUGUAGCCAGUUUUGGAUUAUUUGAGUCCAGUCCAUCGGUGGACUCCGUAUUGAUAGAAAACUCAGAGCGUAUUCUAAGCAAAGUCCAAACACUGGCCCGUAUGUACAGCGCCAAAGCCAGCACCAUGAAGGUCCCGUUGCAUCAGAAACGUGCCUACGGUGCAUGGAACCAAUCAUGGGGCUCAGGUGCACUGAACUGGACUGGACACUCUACUCAGACCCACACUAGGAGCCAGCAACAGGUUCAAUCCCAGGCUCAAAAACAAAUCCCAGCUCAGCGCUGGCAGCAAACGCAAGACCAAAUGAUAACCAAUCAAUCAGUAACCAAAACUGGAACCCAUACUCAGUCUGAGACCAAAGUUCAGAGCCAAACCACAACACAGUCUAGGAAACAGCAGACGAAUUUCCUAAACCAGACAAAGAUCUGCAGCCAGAACCAGACCUUAAACACGGAGAACCAGAGGAUCCAGGAAGAGAGAAUGAUUAAGAGAGCUCUGACAAAUGAUCCCCAGGGCACGACAACCUCUGCCCGUCACCACCAGACAAAUGAAUUCACCCUGUCCAGGCCCAGGGACUUCAUCUCCGCCUUAACCAAAGAAAGAGACUUUAGUUUGGGUGACAACUCUCAGACUUCCACCUCCGCUGUGGAAAAUCAAUCCACUGCACUAAGAGAUCAAUCCUCCAGUCAAGCCCCUGAGGUUUCUCCAGGAUCCAGGCAUCAGCUCAGUGCACCAACUGGAGAUCAGAGCACUGCUUUAUGCUGCUCUGACACGAACAACCCCUCGACUUCCACCAUGACCUUGGAUCGUAGCAUCCCCGAGUUCAGGGAUUUCUCUUCUUCCACAGGAAGAGGAGGAGCCCUGAAUCAAAACAGAGCGUUUCAUACAGAUACUGAGGCGACAGAGAGAAAAGAAGGGUUGGAGCAGAGUGCUGGACACCCUGUUUACUCCGUCAGGGAAGACACAACAUUUUCAAACAUCCUGACCAAGACAGCACACAAAUUCAAUCAGGAUACACCAGCGACUCAAGAUAAGGAAACACCAGGAUGCAAAUUAUCCACAGGGCAUUUAGAAAACAAGGAUUCUUUAGCCAAAGAUGUGCUGAGUCUUCAUACUGGGCCUGACGACUUGGUUUGCACAAAGAACAUGGAUAGAGAGGCAUUGCCAGGAGAGCUGGUAGUAGGAGUAGCAUCUACACAGAUCCAGUCUCCAGCAAAGAACCUCGGCUCCAAGGUGCCUCACCAAGGAGAGCAGUCCCACCUGCAGGAGGAACGCUCCACUUCACCGGGGACCUCUGGAGGGCCAAAGAUAGAUGAGCUGCCAAACAAUCAGAUGGAAUCAAUUGAGACAAAUAAUUCUUCAUCACAAAGCAAGAUGAUUGUACAGGGGUCAACAUUGACCUUUUCAGAAGAGCCACCUUACACCAGAGAAAUAGUUAUUCCAGCUCAUCUGCGUCAGCCUUUGCACGUAACCUUUGACCCCUUUCUGGCUUCUAGUCAUGCAUUCACAGAAAGCCAAGAGGAUCGCAAAGCAGGGGAGGGGGCAGCACUGAGUCCAUGGUGCUCUCCAUCAGUGCAGUCUAUAGACUGUCUACCAACCUUCACCAGCCAGAGGCCACCAGACCUACCCACCACUUUGGGUAAACAGGCUCCGUCUAACUCCUGGAAUGUCAGUGGCAUCAUUCCCUGUGAAUACAG